GGCCAAACUGGCCAAACUUUCGUCAGUUUUAAUCCGUCAGAAAUGACAAGUUCUCGACUAAAUUAAAAGCAAUUCCCACGCGCCGAUUUAUUUUUAUGAUUUAUUCUAUUCGUAAUGAUUGUGGGAAAUGCAGAUAUGCGUUGGCAAUUCGGUGGCAAUUUUCAACCUGUACGAAAAAUAUGUGAAGAAAACUGGAAAAAAUGUCCACUCGCGGUUAUAAAUUAUGCUUGGUCCGAAGUUGUGACCGAAGUCGUAGAAUGUUUAUCAAACGACGUUUUAAUUUGGAGGGUAAUUGCAAUGAUGGUAGUUUUCAUAAUGUUAGUGCACACUGUGUACUACAAACUUCGCUGGAUAGACGAAACGUCAGUAAACAGAGACAAUUUGAACAGAGUUGGCUUCAAGGUUCAAGACCUAGAAUUAAAAGUGAACAUACUGACGUACAAAAUGCAAUAUGGAACCUGGCCUUUGCCUCACCAUAUUCGAAACUCUGAAAUGGCAAAUGAAUUGCAUAAUGUCAGACUAACGUUGUCUAACUCGGAAGAAAGAAAUUCCUGGAUCAAACAUUUACUUUUAAGUCCGAGAAAAAAUACUCAUUCUGUAAAAUGCAUGACAAAACACAUGAAUCUAGAAACCAGAUAUACAUCUUCAAAAUUCCAAAAUGAUGUUUCACCAAUUGGAUCCGGAGACAAGGCAAUCAAAAAUAACAACGAGAGCACAACAAGGAAAUGGAAAAGAUGUAAAAAAUGCUUCGACAUAACUCUUUCGAAGCAGAGACAAAUUUCAAAAAGUGAAAAUCUGGGCCUGAGACGUCAUCACAGUCCGAAGUCUAUUUCCUUAAAAAAAAAGGAGAAACCCGAUUUUCAAGUUACAAAACACGUUAUAUCAAACAAAACAUUCGUCCUGAAAAACGAUUCACAAUCCACAGAAAAAAAUGAAAGCAGAGAACAAAUUGAAUUACAAAAGCCGAGAAAUAAGGAACAUAAUUCAGAAUUUUCCGAGAGCUAUUCUGAAAGCACAUACACUUCAUCAGAGAAAAAUGAAGAAGUACAGUUGGAAAGAGAAUCGAGUGAUCUGAGUCAGGAAAGUGAUCGCAACACCAAAAAGGGAGACGAUGGUUGCUUAGAAAAAGCGGACGAUCCAAAAAUCGAAAGGCUCAGAACAGGAAAAGAUCUACAAUUUUCCGAAAACGAUAUAAACUCAACAAACGAGAUCCACACACCUGGAAAAUCAAUCGACGAAACCUUUUAUUCCUGGGCAGAAAACGAAACUACGCAAAACACACCAAGAAAUGAAGUUCUUAAUCUAUUACCACCAAGUUUAAGUAUUACUUUUCUCACCGAAACUUUACCAAAAGCUUCUUCUUCAUUCGGCAAAUCAACCGAAUAUACAUUUGGAAAUUCUUCGAAACAUUCUCUGACUUCCAUUCAAGAAAAUCUUCAAGAAGUUAAAGCAAAACUGGAAAGUCUGCAAAAUGAUUUGCUAGCUGAUGAAACAAAAGGAGAUCAUUCAAAGUCAAAAGAAUCGGACACUCUCUCCUUUAAUGAUGAUGAAACAUUGAAUAGUGGUGAAUACGAACAAUGUGAAAGUAUCAUUCAAAGUUCUUCAACUUCUCUCUCUGUUCAAAGUUAUUCAAACAUUUUCAAAAUUCACCAACAAGUUCUUGUUCACAAUCCUAAUUACAAUCGGUUAGAUAUCACAGAUUCUUCGAGUGAAGAAACAUCGAAAUUGGAAAGCAGUAGCAGUGAAUUAAAUUCUGAUCCAAGAUUAAAUUCUGAUUUGGCCUUAAAAUACUACAAGACAAAUUUAAACAUCGAUCGUCUAACAACUUCCUACAACCAAAAUUAUCUUUCGGAUCACAAGAUCGAACAUUCUCCAAUGGAUACAAGUGACGAUCCAAUUUCUAGUUCUUCGAGUCAAAUUGAUUUUUCGACUGAUGAAAAUUCGGAUAAUCAAUCAACAUCAGCUCUGCUUCAAGAGGCUCUGCAAUUUAAGGAUGCUCUUCUUUCUCAGUUGGAAUUAGAAAAAGACCUGAAGAGUAGACAAAAGAUAGUAAAUGAAGAGGAAGAUCACGAUUUCAGAAAAAAUCCAUGGACCAAAGUUGAUAAUUAUUUUCAAACCAAGAUUCUGGACAUUAUCAGCGAGGAACAGUCUGCGAGCAGUUCAACGGAGAAGACAAGUAAAACCUUUAUUAUGCGACAAUUGGAAGAAAACAAAAUUUCGGAUCAAAAGGAAAAUUUGAAAUCUCCUCUUGGCUCUACUUCCUCGGAAUACCUUAGCUUCAGUACUUUAUCGCAGAAGGAAUCUGAAAAUUCAAGGGAGUCUGCAAUGGCGUCGAGGGAGUCUGCAAUGGUGUUGAGAGAGUCUGCAAUGGUGUUGAGAGAGUCUGCAAUAGUGUUGAGAGAGUCUGUAAUGGUGUCAGAGAAGGAAAAUAAAAACGAGUCGCAAGUGGAGAUUCCCUUACCUAACAAUAAAAGAGGACUAGAUAGUGAAAUAAGACCUGAUGAUUUAGUCAAAAGAUCAAAGUAUACGACGCAUGAAGAAGAAAAAUUAAUUGAGGAGGAAGAAGAAAUGAGAAAAGAUGAAAAAGAAAUUGAAAAACAAGAGCUGAACAAUUUCGAAUCAGGUUCUUGUUUCCAAAAAGCCGAAGAUCAAUAUUCGAAUGCAAUUUCCCGAGGAUUUGAUUCAUCUAGCGAAGAAAGUUUAACUCAAUUUAUCAACGAACUCGUGAAUGACAAAGCGAAAGCUGCAAACAUUUCCAGGGAAUCAGAAAUCAAUUUGAAUUCCGCAAAAUCUGAGAAUGAAUCGUCUAUUCUUAAAGAUGCAGAAAAAGCAGAAUGUACUUUCACACUUAAAAGACGUCCAGGGUCUUUUGCUCUGGCAGAAAGUCAAUCUAAAGAAAAAUCACUUAAAACUUUCGACUCUGAUUCUCAUUCUGAUUUCGAGUCAUCAAAUUCAGAUUGUCCUCUACGAAAACGUACUCCAGGGGAAAUUGAAUCAGAUUUGGUGAUCCAAAUGAAAGAAGAGGGUACGGAUAUUAAUAAAAAUAAAGAUAGUGUUAAUUCGGAAAAUAUGGAAUCUAAUUUUGAUUUGAAAGAUCCGGAGUUGAGUCCUCGAUCAGUAAAGACAGUCACUGAUAAAAAGUUCGAAAACUUUGAAGAAGACCAAGAGCUUACUCAAGUUUCAGAGACAAAGAGCAAAGAAGAACUUCAAGAAUUAGUCCAGAAAAGAAGCGAGUAUUUUCUGAAAGAAGUAAUUUCAGAAAAUCUUGACAGUGAAGAAAAAGUGGAUGAAUCAAAGUCAAAUUUAAAUUCUGAACAGAGCAGUAGUUUAUAUUUCACAGCAGAACCUUCCUCUUCCGAUAUUAAAUUAACUUCCAAGUAUUUAAAUUCCUCUACUUCAAUUUCAAAGUCUAAUUUAGAAAUCCAGGAGACAAUUUUUGAAGCUCUGAAUGAAUCUUUGCCAGAAAAUAAAACUUGUGAAAACGAUUGGAUAAAUAUUGAAGAACCGAAUGUUUCCGAAGUGAUGCUUAUCGAUUUAUCGGACAUCACUCCUGGGGAAAAGCCUGCUACUAAAACCCCUGAAACUUACCGAAAAUCGAGCGAAACCGAAAAUUCAAAAACUGAUAAUUUAAAUAUCCUUGAUGCUGAUUUUACGGAAAAAAUUAAAGAGCAUUCUUGCUUGAUACCAAACAAAAUUAAUCCGAAGAACGAGUCAGAAAAUAAUUUUGAUGGUAAUGAAACUAGGUCUUGUGUUGAAUCCAAAGAUCAAAAUUUGAUAAGUCUGAGUGAUGUUAGUAUAUUUGAAAAAUCAAAUGAUAAAUUUCCUAACUGUUCAAGUGCCCCCUCCUUACAACGUUUGCCGUGGAACGUGAAAAAAAAUUUGACCAUUCAACGCUCAAGUGAUAUGAGAUCUAGCCGGAAAACAGAAGUAGUUGAAAAAUUGAAAACUCUUCCAAAACGAUCGAGUUCUAGGGAGAAUUUCAAAGAAAAUUCAGCAAACAGGGAACAAAAAUUGAACAAAAAUUCGAAUAAAGAAAAACAAACGACGAUGAAGACCAAUUUGAAUUUAAAUUUAGGCAAACAGAGUGGCGAUCAAAAUCAGAGAAGAUCCAGGUCGUUCGUAUCACCUGGAUUGAUGCAAAAACCGGCCGAAAAUACGUCAAGUAUUAAAUUAGCAAGGAAUCUGCAGGAAGUGGAUCAGCAACUUAAAAUCACUUCCAAAACUUCGACAAAAUCUCUCGAAUCGCAAAAAUCCUCCAGGUCCUGUAUUCCAGUUUUAAAAACGAGAUUGGAAAAUAUAAAAAAGGUGGACCAUAAAUCUCGUGCCAGAAGUCCUGCUCGAGGUCCUUUAACGAUAAGUCCAAGGAAUGAUGAUACAGAUUUGAAAGAAGCUAGCCAAUUUGAAACUAGAAGGGACGCAAAAGUGGAAAAAAAUGGCAAUGAGAAAAGUUUUGGCGAUAAUACUGAUACUGCGAGUAAUUUAUUAAAAGAUUUAUGUACUGAACCCAAUGAAAAAACAGUGAUUUAUGUAAACUUAGUGACAGAUCAAUAUCAAAGCCAAAGGAAAGUAGUCGAUCCAAAAAAGUUUCUCGAAUACGUCAAGAGCCGAGAUUUGAAGAUUCAAAAUAUUAUCAACGACGGUAAAAGCGACGAUUCACAACCGAAAAUUGUAACUGUACUUUCGUCAGUUGUAGAUGAUGAUCUGCCAAUGAGAAAUUUGCAGAAUAAAUUCUCAUUUCAGGUUGAACACCAAGAACGGGAAGUUUCUGCAAAACCUUCGGUAAUGGACAAUAGCACUUCGGUUUCCGAUUUUUCGGAAUUUUUUCAUGACAGCAAGAGUAAAAGUAAAUUUCAAAUAUUUCAAGUUCCCGAAGAACUGACGAAGGAGGAAUAUAUUGAUUUGCUGGAUUCUUUAAAUCAAGAUCCGAAUUUCGAACAGCUGCGGAAAAUGCACAAUUUGUGCAGCAAACUCGGCGUAGGUUUUCAGGAAUAACCGGAAAUUGCCACCGGAUUCUCAACAGUAAAAUUAGUCGGUCGGAACUUGUCGGUAUUGCUGUACUUUUAACUCGUUUAUUUUUUGAAAUACUUAUAUUGUACAUAAUAUGUAUCGUGCAGGGAAUAAAGAAACAC